AUGGUUUUGUACCUGGCACUAUUAAGGCUGGUGGUGUUCGCGGUCAUCGUGACCGCCGAACUGGAUGGGUUUUUCCCCGAGCCACUCACGGCUGCCAAUUUCGACAACGUGAUGUCCAAGGGAUUCCAUUUUGUCGAGUUUUUCUCCCCACACUGUUCCCAUUGCAAAGCCCUGGCACCAAUUUGGAAGGAAUUCUACGAUACAUUUCACGCUGAAGCCGAGUCUUACGAUGUCUAUAUCAACCAGGUUGAUUGCGUUGCCAGUGGUGAUCUUUGUGACCGCGAAAAGAUCUUCAUGUACCCAAUGCUUAGACUUUACGGACCUAACGACAGAGGUAAUGGGGGCAAGCUUUUAGCGUCCUUCGGCAAAGGCUACGAGAGAACAGUCGAGGGACUGACAGCUUUUGUGCGUGAACAGGCAAUUGAUUCCAGAGAGGAACUUCUACAAUCGCCAAAAGAGAUUACUGAUCUGAUGAAAUCAGCGGACAUUGGGGCAAUCAGCACUGCCAAUAUGAUCGAGAUCAUCGCAGGAAAUAUCGAAAAGCCGCACCUGGUUUCCUUUUGGCCCGGAACGGAUGAGGAGCUGAACGUCGAGACUUUCUCUCAAGAUGUCAAGGACAACAAGCUGUUCAGCAAAUGUCCUCGGUGUUUGGAUUUCCGCAAUUUGUGGAGCAUGGUUGCGCGUCGUCUUUCUCCGCUGAUCAAACAAAAUGAGCUCUCAGUCGGGUACUUGAAUUGCAAGUCUAAUGAGAACCUUUGUUUGUCCUUGGGAAUGGACGAUUUGCUUACAGACAACUAUGGCACCUACGAUCCCAAAAUCUUCAUGUUUCUGCCCAGUAAUAGAGGUGGAAACAAAAUACGGUACAAGUCGUCAACAUUGAACGGUAAACAGAUUAUCAACUGGAGCAAGCGGUUGCUGGAUAUCGCCAAAUUUGAGGACAUCACAAAAGCCGAUUUAGCCAAGAAAAUGAAACUCAGAUCCUCACCUUUUAGAAGAGAAGAUUUCACAGAGAUAGAUGUAGAUCCGACAAUCACAUUCAUUUAUCUCUACUCCAAGGAUACCGCUGUCACCGAGGAUUUUUGGCUUCUUGAUCACUUAGUCCAGCCAGUGAUGGAUUUACGUUCAAACGUUCGACUUUAUAAAAGCUCUGAUAUGGAAUUUAUGGAUCUUGCCAAAAACCAGGCGGAGACUCUAAUCAAGUAUGUGAAUCAGGAAAUCGCUGACACCGCGAAUCAACUCCAGUUUGACGAGGAGAUGUACACAGCUCGCACAUUGACCACAUACCCGAUGCUUUUGUGUUUCAAAGACGACUCGCUGGUCUCGCACGUUUUUCAGAGUUUUGGAUCUCAUGACGUUAGAAAUUUUGAUGCUGUCAUGAACUUCAUUAAAGUCAAUGCCAACCCAUUUGUGGAACAGAUGACGGAUGCAACGCGUGACGCUAUAAUCCCUAAAAACUAUGAUCCAAGUAUUAUGUCAAAAAACGAGAAAGUGGUACUAGUUGUCACCGAUGCGAAUGACCACACAAAACUACACAGACAAGGGUACGCGCUUUCGCAGAUUGGACAUAGGUUCCAUUUUCUCAAGCUAAUGAACCAGUUCGAAAAAUUGAAGAAGCUCAGGGGAGAGAAGUACGCCAAAGUUGAAAAACUAAAAGCCAAGGGUAAGGACAAUGUGGACAUCAUUCGCGCACUGAGAGAACAGGUUCCCCAUGUGUUUGACUUUAAGGACAAUAAUGUACAUUUAGUUUACGUUGAGCAGGCCAAGCUCAAGUCUGUGUCUGUGAGUCUGGGCUGGUCCAAGCUCAACACGCAAAAAUAUGAACCCGGAGAUAUCAUAAUAGUCUCGAGAUUCACCAAUAAUUAUUGGGACACGUCUUUGAAAGGACAAAAGCUAACAAGCGACACGAUUUCCGAGGCCGUGGACGUUUUGUGUGCGGCAAGCUUCAAAAAUCUUGCGGGUAAAGGACUGCGGUCUGCUCUCUCUGUUUCUGCAGUUUCCACAUAUUUCGUUUUUUUCAUCUUUAUCGGAAUCUUGAUAUUGGGAUUGUCCAAGACCCGCGCAACGGCCCGUUUUCGCCCUCGGCCAGACAAGCACAGGAGCUUGAGACCCUUUUUUUCCGACGCUGAAGCCAACGCUGGCUCCGGACCUGGACUUGGCAAAGUUGAUUGA